UCCUUCCACCAAACAAUUGUGGCUGCGGUUACUGCUCGAAGGAAACGAAAAACUUAAUUGGCGGAGAGAGAAGAGAGGAAGAGGGCCGAGAGUAGUGGUGGCAAAAUUUCAGCUAUAUGGCCACCCCUCUUUCCUCUUUCCUUUCCUCUCAUCUCCCUCCUCGUUCCCUCUCUUACCAAUCGCAUUCAAUUUCAAAGCCCUUUCUCUCCUUCCCUGCUCUUCGCUGUCUCCCCUCUUCGAACCCUAGAAAAUUCCCCAAAACCCCUCUCCUUGCUUUCUCUUCCGGUAAUUUCGAUGGCUCUCCUUUCCAUGAUGCCUUCGGUUCUAAUCCUACUCCCUCUAAGAAAUCAGUCCUCACCAAUCUGAUACAGGAGAUAGAACCAUUCGAUGUGAGCCUUAUCCAAAAAGAUGUCCCUCCCACAACUGUGGAUGCCAUGAAAAGGACUAUUUCAGGCAUGUUGGGUUUACUUCCAUCUGAUAGAUUUCAAGUCUUUAUCGAGGCAUUGUGGGAACCUCUCUCCAAGUUGUUGGUUUCUUCUAUGAUGACCGGUUAUACAUUGAGGAAUGCUGAAUAUAGGCUUUGCCUUGAGCGAAACCUUGGUUGUGAAGGAGAUUUGGAAAAUCAAACUUCAGAAAACUCGACCUUUGAUUUACAAGGGAUGUUGUUAGACAGUACAAAAAUAAAUGAAUCUUCAGGGAAAAAUGAUUUGUCAUCUGAAUUUGAAAAAACCACUGAAGACCAAUUCGAAGAUAUUGAAUUUCAAGGCCUGGGUGGAAUGUCCCUUGAAACUCAAAAAUACAUUCUUCAUUUGCAGUCUCGUCUAACUUCAAUGAAAAAGGAACUUCAUGAAGUCAAGAGGAAAAAUGCUGCUUUGCAGAUGCAACAGUUUGUUGGGGAAGAAAAGAAUGAUUUACUUGACUACUUAAGAUCACUUCAACCAGAAAAGGUAGCUGAGCUUUCUGAACCAACAUCCCCUGAAUUGAAAGAAACAAUCCACUCUGUAGUCCAUGGUCUCCUUGCCACCCUUUCUCCAAGGAUGCAUUCCAAGGUUCCUCCUUUUUCAGAGGACACAUCACCUGGAACGGUAAAUAUUGGGAGUGAAGAUUGUGCUGAACUUGUUGAGAAUACUUCAUUGCAGUUCCAGCCCUUUAUUUCAUUAACGCGGGACUACCUUGCUCGUCUUCUCUUCUGGUGUCUGCUGUUGGGGCAUUAUCUUAGAGGCCUCGAAUAUCGGAUGGAGCUGAUGGAACUUCUAUCCUUGACAAGCAGUCCCGGAAAUAAUGGCUGUGGUGAUGAGCAGGUUGUUUAGUGUUGCUCCUUUGCGAGGGCUUCCAUCUGUAUAUAGAAGUGUAAAUUGGCAGGCAACUAACUUCGUUUUCAGGAAGAGGCAGGAAGUGAACAAGAUUAGGCCCUAUACUCUCUUACAGAUGGAGAGUUCUUUGAUGUAUAAAAGGAUACUUUGUUUUUGUUCAUGUUGAGUGCAUUUCGGUGGUGGUGUUAUUUUUUUUUUUUUUUAAAUUCUAUCUUGUUCGUGUUAUUAUGCAAAAGUUCUUGGUAUCUCA